CUCUCUUGCAGGCGAUACGUGGCCGGAGGGCGGUGCAGGUCCGCGGCCAGGCUGGACGGGAAGGUGGCGGUGAUCACGGGCGCCAACACCGGCAUCGGGAAGGAGGCCGCCAGGGAGCUCGCCCGGAGAGGUGCGAGGGUGAUUGUUGCCUGCAGAGACAUAGCAAAAGCAGAAGCUGCAGCACGUGAAAUCCGAGCUGAGACAGACAAUCAGGAAGUCAUUGUGAAAAAGUUGGACUUGGCUGAUACCAGGUCCAUCCGGGAGUUUGCUAACAGCUUUCUAGCAGAAGAGAAGGAACUCCAUAUCCUCAUUAAUAAUGCUGGGGUAAUGUUAUGCCCUUACUCCAAGACAGCCGAUGGUUUUGAGAUGCACCUGGGAGUCAAUCAUCUUGGUCAUUUUCUUUUAACCUUCUUAUUACUGGAGCGCCUGAAGCAGUCUGCACCAUCCCGCAUUGUGAACGUGUCCUCACUGGCUCAUCACGGAGGCCGAAUCCGCUUCCACGACCUCAAUGGUGAGAAGAGCUACAAUCGUGGCCUCGCCUACUGUCACAGCAAGUUGGCCAAUGUCCUUUUCACCCGAGAGCUGGCAAGGCGGCUGCAAGGCACUAAAGUCACAGCAAACUCUCUCCAUCCUGGCUCUGUCCAUUCUGAGCUGGUCCGGCACUCAUUUGUAAUGACGUGGCUGUGGAAGAUAUUCUCAUUCUUCUUGAAGACUCCCUGGGAAGGAGCUCAGACCAGUGUGUACUGUGCAGUAGCAGAGGAGCUAGAAUCUGUGACAGGACAAUAUUUCAGUGAUUGCCAGCCAGCAUAUGUAUCUCCAUGGGGUCGGGAUGAUGAGACAGCAAAGAAGCUCUGGAAUGUGAGCUGUGAACUCCUCGGCAUCCAGUGGGACUGAGCAGUGCAGCCAUUUGUGUGUACCUGGCUGAGCACAGUGAUGCUACUCUUGGGAAGACCACUGCUGCUAAGAGCACUGGUACUUCAGCUGCCCUUUGUGAUGGUUCUGUGGAUGCAGUCCAGUAUAAAUUUCUGGAAUGUUACACUUAAGGAUUGAGAUUAGAAAGCAAAGCAUCCCUUUUUGUAGCUGGAGAAUUAGAGCACCAAUACUGUGAGCAACCAACCUUUGGUAACUCACAACAGCUAGAGGCUGUUGUCCUGUGGCUUUAGAAUAGAAAUGGAGAUUAUCAUCUUAGCUUUAGAUCACCUGUAUUGAAAGUUGCUUUUUGCUUUAGUCUCUUUUUCCAUACUGGUAAUAGUAAAAAGUUAGGACACUAACUAGCUUUACAAGGUCAUUUUUUGUUCCUAAUAUUUGACACAGCAGAGUACAAGUAUUCAUGUUUCUGGCAAUUACGUGUAAUAUAAAUGCUCACAAACACUCAGAAACAAGUCCUGGCCUAACUAGGAUCAAGCAUUAUUUUUCAUGUUCUCUAAACACCUCUAGCCUGUGAAGUAAGAUCGGUUCAUCUUUUGAGAACACAGCUGUCAAUGCAGCUCACUGGAAGGUUAAAACUUGCAGGAAUGGUGAAAUUGGGCAAUGGCUAGUUAUUUUAUUCAAAACAGUUAACAAUCUCUGCUGUGAAACACUAAGCAAAGAUGGUAUAAAGCUUGUCCUAAUAAAAUCUAAGCUGUACUUAAGUGAUUUACAAACCUGGAAAAAAGCAGAUUUAUUUAAAAAGAAAAUUAACUGCACUGAAACACAACAAUUUCCACUGAGGCUUUAGUAUUGAAUUUGCUCUGACAGCAAACUACCUUGAGCUAAAUAGCUGAAGCAGAGGCCAGUGCUAUCCUGAUAUUAUGGUCAGUUUAGUCACAGGACAGAAAAAGAAAAUCCGAGCAGUUAUGGGCCACGGCUAGCCACAGCUACCAGCCUGAACAGUCAAAAGGCAGCUCAGUCAGUCCAUAUCCUCAUGAGCUUACUCCCUUGGAGCUCUAGUGAAAAUUGAUAUAAUGGGACCCAUAAUCCAAGAUUAUUUCUGAAAAGGUUUUUUAGCUGCUUAACUCAACAAGUGCCAUAGCUCGCAGGAUUAUCUUUUUCUGGAAAAAAAAUCCAGAAGUAUUUAGACCCAUGUCUGAACAUUCCUGUGACCAACUGCCAGUGUUGGGAAGCAAAUGCUCAUGUUAUGAUUAAUGAUGUCUGAGAAGCUAUCCAUGUACAUCAGUCCCAUGCUACCUCUGAUCAAUACUAAAUAAAGCCAUUUCCUUUUUACAGCAAUUUUCUGAAGAAAAAUUCUUCAGAAACGAUGCAAUUCACUUGGUUUUGCUGAUAUCUGCAUUGCCUUACUCAUGUAAAAAAAUAAUAAUUUUAGCUAAUAUUCUGAAGUCCCUUUCUCUUUCUCCCUGUGCUUGACCUUUUUUCCUCUCUCAACAACACUGUAGCAGUAGAUUGUUUACCUACCAUGCAGGCUCUGAUCAAAGGGGCUUUCAGGAACAACAGAAACCAUUAAAAAAAGCAGAAAGCAUAUCUAGGCCAUGUUUUCCCCUUCUAGGUCAGUGUCUUUCUCAAACAAAUGAAUCAGAUCCUAGAGUCACUAUAAGACCUAACUACAUAUUACUGUAGAGGGCCAUCUCCUCCCUCUCUGACCUUGGCUAAGUCAUUUAUACUUUAUAGGUUGAUCUGUAAAAUGAGAGCUUAAGCUCAUUUAGCUGCCUUAAAGGGAGUAUUGUAAGGGAGAGUUGCAUUAACUUGCAGAGCUGCCUGGAGAGAAUUACUGGUCUGCCAGAGUACAUGUAUAAGCCAAGCUAGCUACCGAGGCGACCUCUGAAGAGGUGAUGAUAGUACAGUUACUCUUAAGUAUUGAGAACAUGAUAGCAAAGGCACAUUUUGGUAUGACAGCAAUUCUUCCCCUUGUAGUUCAUCUGGUGAACAUAGCCACAUUAAAAAAAAAAAAACAGA